UAUCUAUUCUACCCUGCUUUUUGCAUGAAGCUAGCAACAGAACACUCUGAGACGCCCGGUGAAAAUCUGCUCCCACACGCUGGCGUCAUUAGUGUGGAUGCCUGAGAGCAUUCAACUUGUAAAAUUCUUUUACCGUUUUUAAACUAUCACAGCUUAAAGUUGAGCAGGUUUUUACUCCAAAUCUGCGUUUAACAUUGGUGUGUAUUGCGCCUGCAACGGCUGAAAAGGCGCGAGUGAAAGGCGCGCCGUACCAUAGGAAAACAAUGAUUUUGCUAGCGACGCUUUUGCCUUCAGUGUGCAGUGGUGAAACGGAUCAGUGUGUCCACGGUUCGGUUCAGAUAACCGUUUUGGGCCUCGGUUUCGGAUACGGUUCGGAUUAGGAUCAUGUCCGUGAUAGUAAAAAGGCGGACUUUUUUUUGACGGAGGGUUUGGGGGAGAAACACAAAAAUGAAUGAGACCCACAGGCUAUUUGCAAUGUGUUAAUUGACUGUAAUCAGACAACUUGCAAGGCUUUUUUGUGCAAUAAAUGUUCCACUAAAUGCAUUUCAAAACAUGGUGCACUGAGUGUAACAUGUAAGGGAUAACGGCCGACGAGGCUUAGAACUCUGGCGACGAGCGCAGCAUGAAGCGGGAAAAGUCUCAUUGGCUCGGGCAGCACUGGAGAGAAUGCAUUCCGCUGGGUCCUAAACACACUUUUGUAUCGGACGUAGGCUACAGUAGGCAAAAUACGCUACAUAAGGCAAUGCCUUCAUGAAACCGAAAUCCGCGGAUCUCCAGAAUGCUCCGAACUGUGGUAAACGAACCGAACGGAUUCGGAUACAAUUCGAAUCCGCUGCAGGCUACUGUGCACGGCCCCCUACACGAUCAGGGAAGCCUCGUGCUACUGGUGGUUACAACGGUUUGGCCGUAAAUCUACUUUCUCUGUCGGGAGGUUUCUGCCAUUAAUUAAUGCAUCAUUUUGAUAGAUCUGUCUUAUAAAACAUUUAAUGUACAUGAAUGGAAAUGGUAUUAAAUCAGUCUUUUUGCCGUAUUGUAACACUGUUUUUGUAUCAUCCUUUUUAAGGUGUGCCUCAUGAGAUGGUAAUGCAAACUCUGCACAUUUGAGGAUUCUUCAAGAGGGGAGCUUCUCAAGCAUUAUCGCGUCAAGCACGAUGGAUUUCGUUGCAUUGACGGUUAUUAUAGAACACCGGAGUGAGAAGCUUACACUGUCCUCAGGAAUACCCAGCACUGUAGAACAGUUAAAUGAGACAGUAAAAGAGACAUUUGGACUCAUUGAGGAUUUUACCCUGCAUUACCUGGAUGAGGACUUUGGUGAUUACUUCACUCUGCAUUCUACCAACCAGAUUAAACACAAGGGGACAAUCAAAGUGGUGAUGAUUCCAUCGGUAGUUCUUACAUUGACUGCUUUUUACUGAAAACCAGAGAGAUAUAAUGAAUGACAGUUUAAGCUCUGCUUCUGAUGCAACGCCAGAUUCCCAGACAGAUGCCUCAUCAGUGUCUUCACAAGACAUCCUAUCCCCACGUAGAAGCCCUCAGACGACAACAUGGCCAAAUCAAAUCAUCAUUCCACUUUUCUCUGUGGCAACAGAGACAGUACUGAUGAAUGCCAAUGAAGAGUUUGUCAAAGAUCGUACUGUGCUGAACAAUUCUCGGAUCCGAUCUGAAAUCAUGGAAAAAUUAGCUGACUACAUGUACAGCUACACACCCUACCCCACAGGCCUUCAGAUAGGUGAGGUGGCAGAGGCUUUAGUCAGAAAGCAUCCAUGCCUGACAGAGCUAGGCAGUCGUAAUGGCUGGCUUGGAUGGAUGUACAGUCUUAAAUACAAGAUGGGAAAUUACAGGUCGAAGCUCCGAAGCCUUGGAUUUCCUGAGGUUGUCUGCAACUCACUUAAGUACAAGCACCCGGAUGACAGGUCUGCUGCAAAGAAUAUAAAGAAAGCACGGAAAGGAGAAGUGGUGUUUCUCCCACACUAUCCUGCGGGAGACAGUAAGGAACAACAAGAGCUGGACCGAAACCAACUAAUCACUGAAUCAAAGAAGAGAGAGAGCACAGUCGUCAAGGACUUGAUGUGCAGAACUUUUGCACAUAGGAGACAUGAGGUUGUCACCCUACAGAUGAGCAUCAGUGACAUCAAGGACAGAUGGCCCGCCUUGUUUGAUGUCUCGCAAGUUAGCGCAGAGUUUCAGAGGAUCACCACACUGAAUCUUGAGCCAAAAUUCAUGGCAAUGUUGGACUUCUAUACACUGCUGUCCUUGUUUCAAACGAAGAAAGGUGCUGCAGGAGAGAGACAUCGGGCACAAAUGAGUGUUCUACUUAAGAGUGGAAUCCCCAUUCAACAGACCCGUGAGGUUGUCAUCCGAUGUCUCAUCAAUCAUUUGGGAGAAGAUGCCAGUGCCUUGUUCAAGGACUUUGAGGAUGCUGCUGAUGGAUCUGCCAGUGUUCAAGAUGAGUUGGCAGAAGAGGUCAUGAAGAUUUACCUGCUGCGGAAACAAGAAGGGUCAUCGGAUGUUGGGAUUGUCAUUGAGGGCAACACUGUCCUCAGCAGUCUUGGAGAUGUUAGCAGGGCCUGCUGCUAUCUCUUGGGACUGAUGUACGUGUUAGAUCUGCAAUACCCCAAGAACCUCAAACAUAGUUUUGAGGUAUUCCAGAAAGUACUGCUGGAGCUGGAUUCUGGAAACCUUUCCAACAAGGUUCAGAGACUAAAGAAUUACCUCUGUAUGUAGCGACUGGCUACUGUUCAGCAAGAUGCUCUCUUAGUGAGGGAUUUUUUCAUUGGCAAGUCUGAAGUUUAGCUGAUGUACUGUUGUCUUAAUGUUUACAUAAGACUUAAGGUUUCCAUUCAUAGUGAAAUUGCAUGUUGGACUGUUCUUGUUUUCUGAUGUGGAACUUUAAUGUGAAAUAUCACUGUUUUUGGUGCAUUUCUGGAGGAUGCAAAAUGUUGUCCUUGGUGCAUUUUAGACAUGCUAAAUGUCAUUCUUCUGUUCAGACCAACCAGACCAGUCACACCCCCUGAGGACUCAUUAUGGCUCCUGGUCACCGCCUGGUAGAGAGUUCAGUUAAAGCAACAAAAAUAAAAAAGAGAUACAUAUGGAGGAUGUAGCUAUUUGUCUUUACUCAGACCCAGGAAGUGAAACAUAAAGACAAGAAAGACUAGCAUAAGUAUAUUCAUGUAAAGAUGCUUUAAACGAGUUUUGAUUGGUUUGGCAAUGCACUUUGACUGUUGGAACUUGCAACUCAAUUAGCUGAAUGUAAUUAUAGUUAUUGUAUAACAUGGUAGACAUUUAUUCAUUCUUGGUGCAUUCAGCCUGAUGCUCACAUGGACACUGUCACAUGCUCACUGGCGAGAUUAAACCAUGUUAAAAGAAACUAGAUAAUAUACCAUGAGUUGUAAUGCCAGUUGAGAUUUCCUGGUUGAGACCCCUUAUUAAGAGUUCAACUGUUUUUAUAGCAUGGACAUUUUAACAUGUCAUUUGCAAAGAUAAACUGUUGGAUUUAAACUUCAUGGACAUUUUAACAUGUCAUUUGCAAAGAUAAACUGUUGGAUUUAAACUUGAUUAGAUUAGAUUAGAUUCAACUGAGGGGGUCUCAACCUGGAAAUCUCAACUGGCAUUACAACUCAUGGUAUAUUAUCUAGUUUCUUUUAACAUGGUUUAUUCUCGCCAGUGAGCAUGUGACAGUGUCCAUGUGAGCAUCACGCUGAAUGAACCAAGAAUUAAUAAAUGUCUACCAUGUUAUACAAUAACUAUAAUUACAUUCAGCUAAUUGAGUUUGGAUUAAACUUGAUGAUUUAUAAUUGUCAAAACAGACAAAUAAAUGUUUACUUAAAAAUG